AUCGUUGCGCUAGUCAGUCUGCUUUCUCCAUCGUAGCCAACAAGAUGCCAAUAGUAGAGUCAAUUUUCAAGUCAGGAACGGACGCUACUCCCUUGGAUGGAGCCUAUGACCAAUAUGCUGAUGGCAAAGCAGCGAAAAUUUGGGACAUUUUCGUUGGUGAUACAGAGGCUCGGGCCGGAAAUAUUAAGAAGUUCCUUGUAGAAGUGUUGCAAAGACAUGGCUGCAAGCGGAUACUGGAUGCUGCAGCAGGAAAUGGAGUUGAUUCUGUAAUGCUGCUGGAAGAAGGAUUCGAAGUCGUGUCUGUAGAUGGUUCGGAUCAUAUGCUUCAACAUGCGUUUAAUACCCGAUGGGAACGAAGGAAGGAGCCAGCUUUUGACAAUUGGAUUAUCAAAGUUGGAAACUGGCUAACAAUUUGUGAUGAUAUCGCACCAUACAUUGGUGAAGGAUUUGAUGCAGUCAUAUGUCUCGGAAACUCAUUUUCCCACCUGCUUGAUACUUAUGGUGAUCAAAGGGCUCACAAGCAAGCUUUUGAAAAUUUCCGGAAGUGUCUUAAGCCUGGCGGAUUACUUGUCAUCGAUCAUAGAGACUAUGAACCAAUUUUGAAGGCAGGAGACACCUCUGAGACUCAGUACCAUAACAACGUUUAUUAUAAUGCUAGUCAGAAUACCCCCAUCCGUAUUAAUACCAAAGUCCACUACGAGGGCACAAAACCAAAAAUGGUGACCAGAGACUACAUCGUGGGAGAAGGGGACAAUACUACCGAUUUACACUUUUCAUUCCAUCCGCACACAUUACCACAAUUUACCAGAAAUUUAAAGUCUGUGUUUGGAGAAAAUGCUCCACAUCAAGUGUAUGGGGACUACAAACCUUUGAGUGAAGUCUCGAAUCCAACGUAUUAUGUCCAUCUAAUUGAAAAAACUACAAACUAAGUUUAAGAAUGACAUUUUAGCUUUAAUUUUUAUCUUUAAUAAAUAAAUGUGUAUAUUUUUUACUGAUUUAAACAAAA